AAGGGAAGCGGAAAUCACUCCACACUUGACUGCGAUUGGAUGCUUUUCUCCCCGCUCGUCGCCUUAAGUUACGUCACGACCGCGCCAGAAGGGGAUUCUGGCUAGCAUAGUGUUGCCGCUCGUUACAAGGAGCAAGCUCUCUGGUCGGGAAGAGUCCAAGCAGCCAUGGUACGCAAGAAAGUGCAUCGCCCGAUUGCGGCCAUGGCCAAACAGAUCCGCGAAGCCCAGGCCCUGAAGAACCAGCCCACCGAUUCCCAGCGCUAUGCCGUGGACUACGAGACUAUGACCUGCUUAUUUACUGGCAAGCGCCUUCCCGUGCUGGCCUGGGAAGACGUGAGGAAUGAGAACCGUCUCUUCACCCUGCUCAGCCGGCUGCGUCACUUUGGCAUUGGACGCAUGGUCACGCGCAAAUCCUGGCUGUGGCAGUAUGAUGAGCCCUGUUAUUGGGUCAUCACCAAAGUGAAAGUGGAUUACACCGCCGAGAACAUGGAUCACGGAAAAGCCUGGGGAUACUUGACAUUCAGAGGGAAGACAGAAAAUGAAGUGAAAGAAAUUGACAAACCCAUGUAUCACGACUGGCGCAUGGUACCAAGACAUGAGGAGGAGGCCUUUAAGAUUUUUACUCCAGUGGAGGAGGAAACUGUCCAGUACGUCCUCUACCCACCAUUGCUACGGGCCAUGAUUUUUGCUCAAAGACAGAAGGAAGGUAACCUGAGCACAGAAGAACCCAUGGUUGACUUGAAACGGAAUGUUUCCUUCACAAGGGAGUAUUUUGAAAACUUUAAGAAGCAAGCUGAAGGGACGCCAGUGUGAAGAUCUUGGACUCUUGUGUUUUUGUUUCCACAGUUCUUCAUAUUUUCAUUUUUCAAGAAGAUGUGUACUUGGGAAAAGCAAUCAAGUAUCUGUAAUAGAAAACCUGUUAUAAUCACUUGUUCAGUCACUUCAGUGUGUUUUAGUGGUCUAACAAUCCUCUUUGAAUCUACAACCCUGAGGUCUCAUGGGCCCAAAUUUGAUAUCCAGUUAUUGGAAAAAGUAAAGCCCAGGUCCCGAUAGAGUGCUGUUCAUUACAUCACACAAACUCGAUAUCCAUGAAGGAAGAACAGGGCCGGUUUGCUUCCUUGGAGGACGGUGAGAGGGCUCACUCCAAACAAGCUCAAUAAAAUGAUUCAGCCAGUAAUCUUGUUGUUGUUUUCCCCCCAGUGUCUAAUUUCUAAAGCACUUUCCAUCCUAUAAGGUGUUUUGCAAAUUUUUGCUUAUUAAUCAUAACAAAUGCAUAGAGAGAAGGGCUGGCCUAAAGUCCUUUCUUGAUCUUCAUGGAGAUUUAAAUAUGGGUCUUCUGCAGUUUAAAAAAAAAAAAAAAGGACCCUGCUUUAGAUUGAGGUAGACCAUAAUUUAUAGUUAAAUUUCUAUACUGUCUUCCUUGAAAUCAUCCCAAGGUGGUUUACAAAACCAUGUUAAUACACUAAAAUCAAUAAAACAGAUUUUGGAAAUACA